AUGGACUAUUUACAUGUAUAUAACAACAACCAGGCGCACGUUCCCAGAACACCUCCAGGCAGGCAGUGCCUAUCGCCCGUUCUGCCCCCAAUCAUAUUGGCGUUAGAUCAACAACAUUCGCUGACAUUUGGGUACUCCAGCCCCAGGUGCUUGCCAACACCCAUAUUGCCUUCUAUGAGCACAAAUACGCCCGUCCAUUGGUCACAACAGGUUGUCACUAUCCCUGUCGCUGUACGAAAUCAUGCCGCAAUGAUGCCUAUUAUCACACCUAUGACCUCCCCAAGACCUCAGUUUGAAGCAACGGCUCCCUCACCCCCUUUGGCCCCGGUCGCCAUAAAGCUGCCAGAUUUGAAACUACCACCGUCGCCUGUGCCCAGCACAGUAGAGGACAGAGUUUCACAUCCUAUCCUGCCCAAAAUUGUGAUCGGGAAUGGCGGCGGCCGUGAUGUUGAGCGAGAUAGUACCGAGGAAUUAAUUAGGAAGAUUCCAAACUACAUUGGUUGUGCAAAAACAAAGGCACAAUUGAGCAAAGUUAGGUCUGGUAAACAACUAAUUGCAUGCGCACAGGAAUAUCACCAUCCAGUAAACAAGGACGAGAUCGAAAAUAUCAACAACAUUCUAAACUUCAGGGACUUUAUUUUCAAGCAUCCAAAAUCCUCCUUCGAGUUCCUAUGUACCCUGUCGUUUGAGCAGUUCGUUAGAGUAUAUUCAUUCAUUAGUUUCAUCUACAGGACAAAGAAAAUCAAUAAGAACAAGUACGAACUCGUUUGUGAGAUGAAUGUUCACGAGCAACUCAGCAAUAAGCGUAUACAAAGAACAAGGACUCCUGAAAAGUACAAAAUACAUUUGAUCUGCGAGUCAAAACUCAUACUGACCUUCAACCACUGUACGAAGACAGUAAAAUUUGAGUCUAUCAAUGGCGGGCACUGCCAUCCGAUUUCAGCCAACCACAUUAUCAAGCCCUCCCUCUUCCUUACCCACUGCAUUAAUAAAUGCUACCAGACCGUGUCAGACCCUACCGAUUUGAAAUUGGCAUUGAGAGACGCCUUAGAAGCCCUUGAUCAUGAAAGGAUAGGAUUGUCUUUCUUAAAGAGGAGACAUUUCAAGUGCUCACACCAAGCAUCAUCACUCUCGAAUGCCAGCGCCACAUUGAAGAAACAAGAAGAUCAUGACACAUUUGGUGUACAUACAGGAAUAAUUCAUACGGCAAAUUUCUUCAUGUUUAAUGCAUCUAGCGAUAUAUUCCAGAGGAACUAA